AUGCAACUCAUCCGCCCGCCGCCUUUACCACCGCCGGCAGAGGGGACACACCCGCACCCGCUUCCACGACUUGACGCCAAUGGUCGCCAGCCGGUCGUUCGCAUCAAGCACCCCGACUACCCUCCCCCUGUUGACGUUUUGAUCACUAUCCCCGCGGUCGACCCGCUUCCGAGUCCGUCGAGUUCGCCGACAGGCCAGGGCGAGACAGCAGCCGAAGAGGUUGAGGUCUCAGUCGGUCUGCACUACGGGACCGUCCUAACCAUCUGUAGCAUCAUCGCUGACGACGCAUUUGACAUUUACUUGUCCUAUAACCGAGAGGGAACUCGUCGCGUUGAUGACGAUUGGCACUCCGACAAUAUCCUCCCAGCCGGUGAAUAUUGGGCACAAGUGCCCCAGGCGUCUAGCACACCAGUCGAGGCACGCGAGCUCGUAUCGACAAUACCGACACCUGUGGCGGAGGGAAGGCGACAGGAAGAACGCACCACGUCUGCGCGAAAACAAAAGCCCUAUCCCAUCGUCCCUAAUUUCGAAAACUGGCGGUUCCCUCAUGGGCAACUGCCCGCUCUGUGGAUGAAGGACCACGACCCUCCUUUAUCAGCGCUACAUCAACGCACGUCGACCUCGCCCUCAACCCCAACAUCAAUCUCGAACUCCACUACUGAGCGACUCCGCGCUCUGCAGCCUAUAACAAGAUCAUGCGCAAUUUCUGCACACCGUGGUGGGCUAGAAAUGGCCCAUCUUGUCCAUUCAAGAUAUAAGGAUUGGUUCCUUGACAACGAUAUGGUACGCUAUGGAAGUACCACAGCGAUUCUUCCAAUCGAUCAGCCAUUCAACAAGAUUGCCCUUCGUGCUGACCUCCAUACCCUAUUCGACUCCGCUCACUUGACCAUCGUGCCCAAACCUGUUUUCAUCACACCAUUACCACCGACCUCGACCUUGACCUCGACCUCGAUUUCGACCUCAGGCACAACUUCAGCAUCACAAGCUACACGUUACGCACUAGCUGUUCAUACACCAGAUAUUCCCGGAGCACAACUAGAACUCAUCCCACUAUACCAUAAUCGGGCGUUAUGUUUCCAGGACAUUGGCAACGAGUUUUCAAGGCAGUAUAAAAGCUCUCGGGAAUACCUUUUUGCCCGCUUUGCCUGGAGUAUUUUCCCUCUAUUGCGAACAUUCCUUGAGAAAAAGCGUUUAGUCACAAUACGUGUGAAGGGACAGCAAGGUAAUGUGUCAGCAACGGCAGCAUUGUCAUCCGAAGCAGCUACGUUCGAAUAUAAGUGGGAAAGUAACUCGAGUCUGGCGGUGCAAAGCCGAAGUGUUUCACGGAAGAGAUCGGCCUCACAAAUGUCCCAGGCUAAAGAUUACAUUGGAUGUAACGACGAUGCUGACGAGUUGGACGACCAUCUGUGGCGCAAGCGGCGGCGGUCAUCACCAGUGGUCUUCCCACUCGACGAGGAGGCGGAACGGCUGCUCGACUGGGCGACGCGCCGGCGAGAAGCUGUGGCGGAGAGCAACCUCUCGCCACAGUUCUCUGGAUAUGCUGAUGUGGGAGUAGAGGAGUUACCUCGUGGCCGCAGACGUAGCCGCAGGAGACACGGAGAGAACAUCAGCAACAGCAACUCGCCUAGGGGCUCUGUGCCUGACCUGUCUGUAUCAUUUGGGAGCGAUUCCUCUACAAUUCCUGACCACAAGUGCUACGAUGAUGGUGUUGGCAAUGACAAUGGCGACGGUGUCUACACAACAGAAGGUAUGUCUGUUAAGGAUAGCCCAUCAUCUGUAGAAGAUAUCGCACUGCAGGAAGAUAUCAAUAGUAUCUAG